CGAUGAUAUGCAUUUUCGCAAUCCCUUUCUGGCCUCUCUACUGCAGAGAAAUCUGCAGUUGUAUUGCAAUAUCGAUUGCUUUCUUUAGCGACGUAUCGCAACCCGGUCACACUAUGCGAAGCCGUUGUACCGGGAAAAUAGUUCCUCCCACGAAAGGCAUCGAGAAGGGGGCGCCCGCUGAUCCUUCAGCACCACCAAUGGGAGAAUCGUAUCAUUGCUUACGGUCUCAGACCGGCUGUGGCCUUACCUACCUGCUUGUUGUGCUGCCUGCGAUGCCGCACUGGAAUUGAAGCCCAGGGGGCCUAUUCGUGCUUUUAAGCACAUGGUCACCUGCUUAAGGCUUGGAUCCUGUCCUUGUGUCCCUCUAUGUGAGGCUUUUCAGUGCGACCGUUUUCUUUUCACUCCUUUUCAAGUUCACAUAAGUUUGACUUGGCUUCUCAAACAUACUUCCCGGGUACACCAAGUUAUGGAGUUCGGGCUUGAAAACAAUAUGGACCUGCAACUACAGUCACCGUUUUUCUUCAAGCUUCCAAGGGAGGUUCGAGACAUGAUCUAUCUCGACUGCUGGGAAGUCUUCGGGUCACGUCAGCAUGUCUUCGAGCACGAGGGCAGUACAAGCUAUUUUCCGUGUCUCUUGGAACCCGGCGAGCAGGACAGCAGGAAUGAAGACUUUGAGAAGCUGUGGCGAUCUCAGCAGGCACAUCAGCCGAAGUCCAUGGUUCAUGAUGCAGAGUGGGCGAGACGAAUGUCUUCUGCAUGGCAGGAUCAUUGGAGAUGCGAGGAAGCCAUGCUCAGCUGCAGAGCACAGGGGGCGAAGAUGAACGGACCAGUGACGUACAGUUUUCUAACUUGCAAGCGACUGUUCGACGAAGCUUUGCCUUCCCUCUGUUCGCGCCUCACGCUGGUCUUGACGUCCCUGUCCCUGGCACACAAGGUCUUCGUUUUCAACCCGUACAUUGUUCAUAUCCGUUCCAUUGAGCUCUCUCUCUGCGUUCCUUACCCAUCCCUUCACAAUCACAUAUAUCCGAAAACGCCCAACUCGAGCUUUAUCGCACGGCAAAACAAAUGGCACGAGCUCUGCAUCGCUCUGUCUGAUCUCUGCCGCACCGGAGCGCUCCAAGACAUGACUCUUCGUCUGGAUCUUGUGGAAGAGGACCGUUUUUGGUGGGAAGUGCGGGAAACCUGGGCUCUGAGUGCGAUUGAGGAACCCCUGCGGAGACGCACGAAGUUAUAUCUGCCUGAGCUGACGGUCGAUGCGGAAAGGAUGAGGCCUUUCCAUUAUGCCACACCUGGCGGGCAGCAAACGGAGAGUCGCCUGCAUCCUGGCCAGGAAGAUCGACUGUUUGUGUACCCAUUGCCCUCGUACAUGACGAGUUAUGCCGGUAAGGAAGAGCCAAAGAGGCGAGAGGCCGACUUUAAGGAGCUGGUGAGGUAUAGCAGGAGACGCUGGAUGAGAGAGGGCGAUGAAAAUGCAAUCCAGGCCAGACUUGAGUUCUUCAACCCCCAGGUUCAUGGGACUGAGACUGUUGGAGACAAGAUGAGAUUAGGCGGUCUAUUUCGGGGCAUGCUGAUGAGCUAGAUUAUGUAAUGGGGAGAACAUUAUGAUUACCCAAAGUAACGAGUAGUAAAUUAUUUGUAAAUUUA